AUGCCACCACGGCGGCUCUCUGCUAAGAGGCGCCGGUGCCGGGCGACUGAGGCCGCUGCGGCGGAGGCGGACGCCCUGAUUUCCCUCCCCCCAGGUGUCCUCGACGACAUCCUCACGCGCGUCGGCAUCCGCGACGCCGUCCGCACGUCGGUGCUCUCCCGCGCCUGGCGACGCCGAUGGGAGGCGCUCUCGUCCCUCGACCUCAACUUUCCCAGCCUCGGAUACGACAAGUGCCCGCCGGAGGCGCUGGGGGCCGUCGAUUGCAUCCUCCUCCGCUUCCCCGGCAGUGUCCGGCGCUUCUGCGCGAAUCUCGACAAUGCCUACGCGGGCCGCAUCCACGACUGGCUCCGCGUCCUCUCCCGCCGGGGUAUUGAGAUCCUGGAUCUCAAAUUUGGCUAUGGCUUCGCCCUUCCCCCUUCCGUCUUCUCCUGCAGCCGGCUCACCUCGCUCACUCUCAGGAGCUGCGCCAUCCCGCUCCUACCCGUAGGUUUCGUGGCAUUCCCGGAGCUAAGGAGAUUGACUCUCGUAUACGUCCAGUUACAAGAAUACGGGGGGUACCAACUUGAGGAGAUCAUAGAUACAUCCCCCUUGCUUGAGUAUCUAAGUCUUAUUAGUGUUCUCAUCCGUGGCGACUAUAUCCGAAAAUGGGUGAUUCGGGCACCCAAUCUCAGGCACUUACAAGCUUGUUCGGACUAUGAUGAUGAUGGCUGGAUCCUUAAGAAGUUGACAUCCCUGCGUUGCGCCGAAAUCGCCUUCACCGUCUUUCUUGUUCACCGCAAUUUCGCCAAGUUUCUUUCGGGUCUUGUUCAAGUUACAGAGCUUUCGGUCGCUACGGGCUAUAUACCGUCAAGUGCUAAGAUGCCAGAGAUUCUAUGCACCUUUCACAACUUGAAGAGCUUGAAGUUAAAGGUGCAUUUCUAUAAACAACACCCUAUCAUGUUAACCUUAUACUUAUUAAAGAGUGCCCCAAAUCUUGAAGAACUCAAACUAAAGAUCUAUGAUGAGGAGGAGCUUGAAUUUGAAGCAAAUGGAGAGUUUCUGAAUGCAUUAUGGGCUGAUGGCAUGUGUGCCAACCUUCAGGUUGUGCAGAUGAGCGGUAUUCGUUGGCUUCCAAAUGAAAUGUCUUUUAUAGAGCUCAUUCUCUCCAAAGCAAGGCGUCUUCAUACAUUAUCGAUUAGUCACAGUGAGGAAAUUGUGAUGUGUAACGAGGAUGCUCUAAAUGAAUUACUCAGAUACAGAAGAGCUUCAACUGAAGCUCAAGUCCUAUUUAAAGGGAAAACUGAAGACUACUAUUAGGUCAGAGACGGAUUUCGGGGCAUUGCAGGAAACAUGUGGACUAUGAGUGAGUUCACCUUCUACGAAAUGGUUCUACCGGCAUAGAAAUGCAGCAUGCAGAGAAUGGCUUCUCAAGAAACUACAUCUUGAGAUUAAAAGGCUUGUUGUUAUUACUAUUACUUUUGUGAGACAUGUGUGAUUUGACCUUCUAGACCGCCACAUGGGUGGUUCGUGGCCCUGAUUUGCCAACUUUGUUGU